AUGCAGAUGGGAUCCGAAAAUUAUGGAAUGGUUUAAAAUUUAUUUUGUCCCUAACCAGUCUAGGGUAUCUAUAUGUCAUACUUCAAGCCUGCUGUCGUGAUUACCGUCACAAAGCAUGACGCCAAUUUCGAAGCCAUAAGUUCGGUAAGUUCUCUCGCCUCAUCCCUAGCGUCACCGGUUAAGGCGGCAGCCUCCGUGCCAGGUGGAGACCUUACUGCCGGUCUGCAUCGGUUUGAUUAUAGGCUCUAUGGCAUCCUCUUGCAAAGUCCAGGCUUGGUUGACUCUUUGUUCGAACUUCCGAGACCCAGGCCUCCUGAGGCGUCUUCUAGUUUAUACAUCUCAGCUAAGCAAACUGGAGGCGAUGCUUUUGUACUGUCUGACCUGCGGGCCAUUCAUCAAUGUGUUGAAGCUGUUGCUAGCAAAUGCCAGCCCGGCGUCGUAGUUGAACUCAUUGAUGAUUCAAGUAGGUCAAACGUAAUUGCUUACUCAUCUCAGGUGAGAGGGAGCCCACUAAUGUGAAACAACUCGUCCACGUGAAACUUGUUGGCAGGGUGGGGUCCUCUUGGCCGAUUCCCGAAAAUUUUUGGCCGGACGACGAGUUACUCCUCUCCAAACUCGUAAGUCUGGCUUUAGUUAACUUUAUUAUGUAGCCACCACGUCCAUCGAACCCUGUCGUACAUAUCUGCGCGUCGAGCGAUCCACAACCAAAAUUUCCAGAAUAUUUUCCUAUGGACAAAUAUGAAUUAGAGCCCUCUGUGAUAACACGGAUGAUAAUAGAAAAGGCUGAAUCCUCGGUCACAUGGCCGUGCUACAUCCGUGGAAGCGGCCAAAAGCGAGACGCUCCUUUUGGUUAUUGCAAGGCGACGGCCGACUUACAGACGGUUUACCUACAUGUUCUUCCGUAUAAUUAUCUUGCGCUAUCAAACUUACUAAGUACUUUUGUUCCCUCUCGUACCUUUACCGAAUUCACUUUAGCCGACCUGAGUGAAGUGCAUGGCAUGCGAAUGACUGAGAGUUGGGGUUUGAAAUUCACGAAUUACUUAUCGAGUAUACCCCGUUACUACUUUGCCGUACGUUCAUUUUCUUAUGUGUGGCGACACCGCCAUUACAGCCAAUUUCUAAGGCUUUUGAAAGAUUGGGUUUCCAAGGGGUCAUCAACGCUGAUGCCUUGGAUCGCACGCUACCCUACCAACUCAAACACCAGCUACAGAAACUUCGUCAGUCUGCAAAAACGGAAUAUGAUCAGUUUGUACACAUAGUCGAAACAGCAGAAUCGCCUCCCCCUCUCAUAAAGGCAAGCGAGCUUUGUAUUUAUGCGCUUUGUUUUGUAAACCGGAUGUUAGCUUUAAAUUUUUCUCGCCCUGUGCUGUGCUGAAACUGGUGCACUGCAAACUUGCCUUCCUAGUGUGGUGGGGCAGUAAUAUGCAAAUUAGCUGAGGAUUACUUACAACUUUGGUACUGAGGUACGGUACAACUUAUCCAGCCAAACCUGCUAGUUGACCAAUGCCUUAGUUUAUAACUGGGACAGACCGAAAAUACUCUGAAGUCAUCUUACUGUCAGAUUUAGACACUAGUUGUGCAUGUUACACUGCCAGCAAUUACUCGCUACCUGGGCUCCUUGCAGACGCAAGUGAUUCAUGUCUAGUUCGCCGUACACGCAAGCUUAGCAACCAUUUGUCAUAUUAUGUUGCGGCCAGAUCGAUAAUCACUCAAAGACAGCUUAGAAAAUCCAUGCAAAUAAUUUAUAAGGCCAAACUCAGAAAUACUGCUUGCCUUCUGUACAAACCCAAACUUCUGAGAAGGGUAGUAGUUGUCUGUAUUAGGAUGCCACGGUUGCCCCGCCACUUGUCCGUUCAUUGUAGACUGAUAUUUGCAUGACACUAGUCGUUAAUCAUUGCUGUAUACGCCCCAGGGCCUAGUGCUACCGAUAGGCAGAAAAGGGGAUGUUUACUGUGGCUUUCUUGCUGGAGCUGGAUGUAGGAAUUCGAGGACGGUUAAGUGCGAUCACAGCACUGGACAGGUCAGUGGUCGCUCCUAAGUGGGAAGCCGUUGCGUCUGUACGUUAAACUGCGCUGCGCAGCAUAGAAUUGCCCGAGACCUCAGACGCGGCGCAGCUAAAGACUCAGGAGGACCUAUCAGUUUUGGAGAUGAGCAAAUUCGACAAUCUACUGCUUCGACGAUCUGCGGUAUCUAAGGUGCGACGAUAACGUCUCAAAAAUAGGAUACCGCGCUUCAAGCAGAAUUUUGUUGAAUCUCUGCCGGCUGCCUUCCGGUGUAAAGGCCCACAUUUAUCUAACACACACGUAUACGUUGACUGUCUACUCCGGAAACAUUCGGGCUGAGGCUACGGGUUCUGUCUAAUGAUACUAAUCGAUCGACCAUGGGGUUCUUUAAUUCAAGUUUAGAAAGGAGACGACGCCCAUGGUUUGUCGAGGCGUUGCCGCGUCCAUCCUCACUAAAGGCGGAGAAUCACUGCAGGGAUUGUUGCGGCGGCAGCCUCUCCUACGUAUUCGCUGAAGUCUUUGCAGCCGUUUUUUUCCAAUUGCUUUUGUGACGCGAUCCUCGUGUAAGGAAGAAUCAGCUUUACGUUCAGCCUGAGCGGGUGUUUUGACCAUCGUCUAUCGCUCCUUGCUUACACGUUACUUUGAUAAGUUGUAAUUGUGCCUGAUUUGGCCGGCCUCUGUAAUGCGGAUUGUACCUCCAUGCGUGAAGAUACGCGGCAGCAAAUCUGGAGGGCUCGGCCCAUUCUCCUCUACCGACAGAGACCAAAUGCCGAGUGCACAAAUACCACUCCCAUGUCUUGCCGAACUGUAUUAAUCUGCGUUUUGCUUAUACCUCCACGAGACCUCCAGGUGGGCAACGGCACCGGACUGAGGAAAGCAACAAUGAGCUCAUGAGGCGGACGGUGAAGAACGCGUCCAGAUGCCUCAUUGGUCUUCGUCGGAUGACACGAGGUAUCCUCGCGAGUGUGGACUGUCUCAUUUGAGACGAAGCCGGCGUACUUCACACGAAGGAUAGUCUUCAGGCUGCAGUGGCCAGACACUCAGUUUUCACUCACCUUCAACGCACCCAGCCCAACUUUCACGACCAUAAAGAAAGACUGGCCGGAUGGAUGCACGGCACACGCGGAUCUUCGUGAAGAUGUAGAUAUCGCAUUGGGUCCAUAGGCCAGGAAUUAUGAAAAUCCUGCGACAAUAUCGUCCUUUGUCAACUCGACAGCAAUCUCGCCUCGGGGUACUUGAAGCUCUACUUCAAGUUAACGACCAUUGAUCCUGAAGGGCCUUCCCUUUGUCGGGGACGCAGCUCGACAAUACUUGUUUCCCCAACGAUUAUGGAUGAACCGACCGAUUUAACGACUUCGUCCGCCUGUGACACCACAGACUUGGAAUAUCGCCCUUAUUAUCAACGACCCACUCGUCUAUUUUGUAGAUUUGCUAUCUCAAUUGACUGUCCAACUAGAUUCCCGGUGGACGAUCAUACUGCGUUUCCAUUUACUUUCCCCCUUCCCACCACAACAUGCGCUAGGGCCGGUGAGAAUGACGAGGGGAGGGAUUUGGUGUCACCGGCGUCCGUCACGAUUGUCCUUCCGUGCUUGAACACCUGUAAACUACAGACGAAUUACUUCAGCACGUGUUGGCAGACCACCCGACGUAACGAUUGAUCUUGGUUCACGAACCACAUUUUGUCUGCGAUGGUGGCCUUGCACCACCGUCGUGUUCCCUUGAUGGGUGCCAUGGGCGGGAAUCUGCAUUGCACUGGCGAGAAUACCCUACCGCAGAUACACUGUCCUAAUUACAACGUACGAAAAUGUAGCACAAGCCACGCCAAAUGGAUCUGUUGGCGCCGACGGCCAUAGCGGUAGCAAGCUCCUACAAGCAACAUGCUGAUGACCUUUUACCAAACGCAUCGGUGAAUCCAGUGGAUAAGUCUAUUGCGUCCUGUCCUAAGACCCAGUGCUUAUCAGUGGCUCCACAAAGCCAUGCUCAGCACGACGGCCACACCCCGGUACCUGUACUUGACCGACGGUCUAAGCCGGACCACCCAAUGUUACGGUUGGUUCUGCUUCAUGAACCCAGUUUUGGCCGCGCUGGUGACGUUGCAUUACUGUCGAACUCCACUGCAGAUAGGCCGGAGGAGUAGGCCGGACACUUUCUCGAGAGACAGGUGAUUGCCUUGGGUUUCGCUAUCUUUUUGCUUGCGAGGUCACGGUAGAAGACGAAACCUGGACCAGCGAGCAACUCCUGCCGCAUUCGACCGAACUUUGUCGACCGGGUACGAUAGGAAAAACCUGCCGUGGGUUCCUCAUCGUAACAUAAGUAAUCGGUGUGAGAUUUGCUAGAAGAUAGUGGGUGUGUGGCCUGACCUCGUUCUCGGUAGGUAUCCAAAGCUUGGUGAUAUUCGAUCAGUGGCAUUCACGUUCUAUCUUAUUCUUUUUACAGUAUCACCAACGCUUAAGUAUACCGUCAUUCGGGAGCACGAUCUACUAAAGUGCCUUCCUUUUACGCCGAUUUGGACGAUUUGAUCAUUCUUUGCGCCGACCUAAAGGCGGAAUCGCUCUGGUUAGCAUCUCUCUGAAAGUGGACUCUGGAUAGUGAUGGCAUCCGAGUUCCCAAAUGGAGACGUGCGCAAACUUAGUGGAAGUUGAUCUCGCGCUCAUCUUUGGUCUUGCUGUUUUCGGUCUGCGAGACUAGCGUGUCAGUUUAUUGAACUAUGUCCAGAAGGGACGCCACCUGACUGCAGUAGAAGAUAGUUCUUUGUGAUAGGGUAGACAUACAUGAGACCGGCUGGGUUAGCUAUCGCGAAUGUCGUUCCAUGUACAACGAAAACGUAGAAGAAUUUGAUGAUAUUUGCGCUUUUGUGGUCCUACACUGUCAUUGACCGUUGUUCGUUGUUCAUCCCAGCUUGCACAUUUUUUAUUUUCCGUUCCGCUCCAUCGAAAGGUAUCACGCUCAGACCUAAACAUAAUCUUGCCCUUGUUGCGUCUUAACCUUUUGCAAAAACAGUGGGAGAAUUCAUUCAACUGAUCUUUCUUUUACCUAGUUGCCUCAGCAAUACCUGCUACGUACCAUGUGGCCCUUCUCCGAACUGCGAGCUAUCAGCGGUAUGGCCAAGCCUAAAGGAAAAGUCAUGUAUGAACAGCCUUGUAGCAUCCCUCGGUUGAAGUUGAGACAACUAUUGCCCAAGUUGAGAUCGAACUUAAAUGCUAUGUUAGAUGGUGUGGGACGUCCGAUGGAUCGUGAGGACAUACACAACCAAUCCCUCAGCGAAAUGGGUGACUACAUCAAUUACAAAUUUCCACAUCCACAAGUUGCACCCCUUCGCGAACUCACGCCCGGUCCAGAACGCCUGGAUACCUUCGGGAAUCCGUUCAGGCGAAAGGCCGCGGCCGCUUUUGUUGCGGACGAGGGGUUUGUUGAAGACACCGGUUUUCCUACUCAGUCCUGUUCGCCGAACACGCCUGCUAUAACUGUGCCUGGCCGGCGUCGGUCAAGUCUGUCCAAUAUAAGUCAAACCGGUCGGUCUAAAGGUUUGUCUCUUUUGCUUUCCUAUGAACACGUUAUCUCCUUCAGGCCCGCUCCCUGCCUACAUAACGUAUACGAAUUGGAGAAAGUGGUCGCGAAGCAGUAGCUUGGCCGCCAAUUCCCCUCAGCAGGAUGACCUAAGUCCCUGUGCCUGUAUGUCCGCUCCGUCUGAUUUUCUGACUUGUUUAUUAUUAGCUCCCGUUCACACAUACGAUCUCAGCCAUGGUUCACCACAGCACAGUCUCUCACCUCCAAACGCUGAUUUCUGGAGAGAUCUGAGCGAUAUGAAGAAGCAAAAACUUCAAUUAUCUGAAGAAAAACUUUCUUUUGAUGUCAACUACAAAGUUGUUAAUGAGCUAAUUGACUUGGUAAGAAGGCCUUCCCUAGGUAAGUUUGUCGCACAGACCGUGCAUUAAUAUACAUUUUAGAUGGUGGCAGGGUCUUCCAGAGUCUAACUAGCCUGGUUGGGAAUGUGUCCCAACGCUAUGCGUCCGUAUCCUUUGUAAUGGCAGAAUCGUUGAGGUUUAAACGAAUGGAAUUGUACAAACUCCUUGAUGAAUGGCGGUCUUGUCUAUGUCUACCACAGAUAGAUGAAAGUACCAAUGUCCUAAAGGGUCCGCCUGCCGGCAACUCAGUACACCCCACCACAGCAGUUAACGGCCUGGGUUAG